AUGGCCGUCCUCUGGAUCAUCUCCUGCUUUGCCCUCGUCGGCGCCGCCUACGGUUGCGGAACGCCCGCCGUUGCUCCCAAGGUGAGCGGCUACGCUCGCAUCGUCAACGGCGAGGAGGCCGUCCCGCACUCGUGGCCCUGGCAGGUGUCUCUGCAGCAAUCCAACGGUUUCCACUUCUGCGGCGGCUCCCUGAUCAACGAGAACUGGGUGGUGACCGCCGCCCACUGCAACGUCAGGACUUACCACCGCGUGGUGGCGGGCGAGCACGAUAAGGGCUACGGCUCCGGUGAGGUGGUGCAGGUCCUGCGCCCCGCCAAGGUGUUCACGCACCCCCGCUGGAACCCACGCACCAUCAACAACGACAUCACCCUCAUCAAGCUGAGCUCGCCCGCCCGCCUGGGCACCGACGUGUCGCCCGUCUGCCUGGCUGCGGCCGCCGACGACUUCGCCCCGGGCAUGACCUGCGUCACCUCCGGGUGGGGCCUGACCAGAUACAACGCCCCGAACACUCCCAACAAGCUCCAGCAGGCGGCGCUGCCCCUUCUGUCCAACGAGCAGUGCAAGCGUACCUGGGGCAGCAACAUCUCCGAUGUGAUGAUCUGCGCCGGAGCUGACGGUGCCACCUCCUGCAUGGGCGACUCUGGCGGUCCUCUGGUGUGCGAGAAGGACAACGCGUGGACCCUGGUGGGCAUUGUGUCCUGGGGAAGCAGCCGCUGCUCCACGUCCACGCCCGCCGUCUACGCCCGCGUCACCGAGCUGCGCGCCUGGGUGGACCAGACCCUCGCCAGCAACUAA